AUGCAUAAAUCGACCGAAAAUUUGUUCGCAACCGGACCCAGCCGUUCUCGCGAUCCCCCGGAUCAACUUAGCCUGAACAACCUCAGUAUCCGCCAUCCGCCCUCGUCCACCUCGUCGACCUCGUCGGGCUCCACAUCCUCGGGCUCAAGUUCCUCAUCGCAGCAUAAUAAUGUGUCUCGCUGCUUUGGUGCCCAGCAGCCACUACAGCCACCGCCGCCGAUGACUGCAGCUCCACUGGCCUCAAGCAGCAGCAGUAAUAACAGCUCGGCGGCCGACCGUCAUCGCGAGCGGAUACGCCAGCAGGCCUGUGGCAAGCUACAGUUUGGCGAGGGUCCUGCCAACACGCAUCAUUUCACAUCGGAUGAUCUCGAGGACGAGGGAGAAAUUGGUCGCGGUGCCUUCGGGGCUGUUAACAAAAUGAUAUUUAAGAAGCUUGACAAGGUAAUGGCGGUCAAGCGCAUUCGCUCCACCGUAGACGAAAAGGAGCAGAAGCAGCUUCUCAUGGAUCUCGAGGUGGUCAUGAAGUCCAACGAGUGCAUCUAUAUAGUUCAGUUCUAUGGGGCGCUCUUCAAGGAGGGCGACUGCUGGAUCUGCAUGGAGCUUAUGGACACAUCGCUGGACAAGUUCUACAAGUAUAUAUACGAGAAGCAGCAGCGCCACAUACCCGAGUCCAUUCUGGCCAAGAUCACGGUGGCAACAGUGAACGCUCUCAACUAUCUGAAAGAGGAACUAAAAAUCAUUCAUCGGGAUGUAAAGCCAAGCAAUAUCUUGCUUCACCGUCGUGGAGACAUUAAACUGUGUGAUUUCGGUAUUUCGGGUCAGUUGGUUGACUCGAUCGCCAAAACUAAGGAUGCGGGCUGUAGGCCCUACAUGGCGCCCGAACGCAUAGAUCCGGAGCGGGCCAAGGGCUAUGAUGUACGCAGCGAUGUUUGGUCCUUGGGAAUCACUUUAAUGGAGGUCGCGACAGGCACAUUCCCGUAUCGUAAAUGGGACUCUGUAUUCGAGCAGUUGUGUCAGGUUGUUCAGGGCGAACCGCCCCGACUUUUAACUUCCUACAAUGGCAUGGAGUUCUCCAAAGAGUUUGUCGACUUUGUAAACACUUGCCUGAUUAAAAAGGAGAGCGAUCGACCGAAAUACAGCCGGCUGCUGGAGAUGCCCUUCAUCCGGCGCGGAGAGACAAGUCAUACCGAUGUGGCUGUGUAUGUGGCCGAUAUACUAGAGUCCAUGGAGAAAGACGGAAUCACACAGUUCACGGCGAACCAGCAGGCGGAGAGUUAAUUACUUUGCGUUAAAAGGGAGCAAGCCAUAAAUUAACUAAGAAUCAGUAAAAAGAAAAAAGCAAACUAAGUCGAAGCAAAGGAAGGAGAAAAUUUAAAUUGUUGUAUACUUUGUAGCAUUUCGUAGAAAACAUAGCGCGUAUUUUGUUAAACAGAAAUACAAAACUAAGCGAAACGUAUGUAAAAUGAUAGAAGGCAAAGUAUGUAAAGUUCAAAUACCCAAAAAGGCCCUUUGUAAUUGAAUUUUUUUUAGUAUGUGCGGCUUUGUGCGCAUAAUUUGCGUUAUGAUUAAAUUUCCAUUUAUAUUUUUUAUAGAAGCUGGAGAGCGGUGGAGCGUAGUCAGAGAUUUCGCCCAAAGCUUCACCGCAGCCUGCUAAUGCUUCUUAUGUUCAGCCAAAACAAGCAUUUUAUAAUGUUUUUUAAUGAUUCCCGACCAAUUGGUGAUGCAUUUUGUGGAGAAAAAUAGCACCCACAAGCGAAACUUAAGCAAUAUUUUAAACAAAUAGUUCAAGGUUAACUACCAAUACAAACUAACUACAACAUUGACACGUGUUUGCGGAGCGUGGGAAAUAGUUCAACAAAAACAAUUCAAUUAUACAUUAUUUAUUAAAACGAUUUUUGUAAUCCUAUUAGACUUUUGAAUUUGCAUACGAAAAUGAUUGUGAAAAGCUUUAAAUAAUUGCCAAGCGGCUGAGAUGUUUGAAUUAUAGUAGAAAUUAUUGCAGGAAAAAUGCAACUUAAUCCCAUAAUAUGUAAUAAUUAACCACAAAACCGACACACA